AAAUGACCAAAAAAGUUUUAUCAAAAGGUAAAAGUAUAUUUUUACCCUAAAAUUAUAAUCUAGACUUAGAGUUUAGAGUUAAAAGGUGAAGUUUUGGAGAUAGGUUUCAAAUUUUAAAAAAAAAAUAUUAAAAAUUUCAUAAUAAAAAAAUGUUAUUUUGAUCAUUUUUUAUGGCUAUUUUUGUGACAAAAACUUUAAAAAGGCUAUUUGAGAAAAUUGUCCUUCAAACUAUCUAAUAUCAAUAUAUUAACUGACUGAAAUAAUCUGCCAUUUAUGUCCAUGUUUUCGUCAGAAUGUAUGUCUAUUAUUUGCAUGUAUAUCCGUCCAUCCCGACAAAGAGAUAUAACAAAUUGCAGCAUACGAGUUUUGACAGAUUCAGACACGGACUCGAGUAGGAUGUUUUAUUACAAAUUAUCUGUAAAAUGUAGGCACAACAAAGAUUUCAAGUUAACUUCUUGUCAUGUUAACCACCAAGGGUGACCAACCAACAUAAUAAUUUUUUUAUAAGAUAUUUGAAAUAUUUUACUAAAUGAGGAGGAGAAUUCUUGAAAAGUCCGACUCAUAUAUACGAUAAUAUAUAAUACAUAGUCUUAUUUGAUUGCUAAUUGGCGAAGUAGUGCAGAGUUUCAUCAGAGCAUGUACUAAUCACUUUCAUAGAGCGACAAAGAAUACAGCAAUAUAAUACUCAAGUCUCAAACGCACGUAUAAAUAUAUUUAAACUAGGUUUUAUUUGGUAAUUGACCUUAAAUUUUCCAACAACCGUUAUUAGACAUCGGCAACAAAACCAAAACGUGCAAGUCAGUCCAUGUCAAGACUAAUAAACAGACAGUUCAUAUAUAAAUAUAUACAAACAAACCCAUUUUCAAGAAUCUACUUUGAGAGAAACUUGAAAAAUGGGAAAAGAUCUCAAGAGUUUGGUUAGAUGCAUGUACACUGGGAAGCUCAACGAUAAUGUGAGGAAGCUAAAGAUCGCAACCGAAGAACUCAAAGAUAUUGGGAACAGCGUGAUGAAAAGGGUCAAGAUUUGUGAAGAGCAGCAACAGAUGAAGCGGUUAGACAAAGUCCAAUCAUGGCUUAGACAAGCCGACAUUGUUAUAAAAGAAGCAGAAGACUUGUUCUUGACGUCUUCUUCUUCCAGCCAAGGGUUGUUAUCUUCAAGCCACAAGAUGGAGAAGAAGAUUUGCAAGAAGCUGAAAGAAGUUGAAGAGAUUAAGAGCAGAGGAAUGUUUGAGGUUGUUGCUGAAAACGUCGUCGGAGGAGGAAGCGGCUCAACGGUUAAGACUAAUGAUGAGGAGACAGUAGGGUUAGAGGCGGUUUCUGGUUUGGUUUGGAGGUGUUUGACGAUGGAGAACACUGGGAUUAUUGGAUUGUAUGGUGUGGAAGGUGUUGGAAAGACAACGGUUCUGACUCAGGUUAAUAACAGGUUGCUUCAACAGAAAGCAAAUGGGUUUGAUUUUGUUUUGUGGGUGUUUGUGUCUAAGAAUCUGAAUCUUGAAAAGAUUCAAGACACGAUUAGGGAGAAGAUUGGGUUUUUGGAUAGGACGUGGACGAGUAAGACCGAGGAAGAGAAAGCUGCCAAGAUCUUUGACAUCUUGAGUAAGAGACGUUUUGCAUUGUUUCUUGAUGAUGUUUGGGAAAAAGUUGACCUAGUGAAAGCUGGAGUUCCACCACCUGAUGCGCAGAACCGGUCGAAGGUUGUAUUCACGACUUGUAGUGAAGACGUUUGUAAGGAGAUGAGUGCACAGACGAAGAUUAAAGUGGAGAAAUUGGCGUGGGAGCUAGCUUGGGACUUGUUUAAGAAGAAUGUUGGAGAAGAUACUGUGAAGAGCCACCCGGACAUAGCAAAGGUGGCUCAAGAGGUUGCAGCCAAAUGCGACGGUCUUCCUCUGGCUUUGGUCACCAUUGGUCGAGCCAUGGCCUCCAAGAAAACACCACAGGAGUGGCGUGACGCUUUAUACAUCUUGAGUAACUCUCCUCCUAAUUUCUCAGUUCUCAAGUUACUGGACAGGAACUAGGUGAAGGAAGUUGAAAUGAUAUUAUUAUUUGGAGUGUUUAAAGUUACUGGCUAGGUUUCUUUUGAAGAAAUUGUUUGGUUUUUAUUUUAAUAAUUGUGUAUUUGCUUUGUAAUUUUCCCAAUGAUUUUAUAUAUGAAUGAAUGUUCUAUACUUCUAUUGUCAACAAAACAACAACAAAAAUAUCUAAUUGACUCCAAGUUAGUGAAACAGAAAAUGAUUAUAUCAUGUCUAUGUUGAGAGAAAACAUAGACGCAUACACACAAAGAAGUGAAGAACAGAGGAGUUGAAGAAGAAGUUUUUGUGACAGCCAAUGAUUUUCUAAAACACUUUCAUGAAUCUUGAUAUUUCAGAUUUUUCAUUAAAAGAGAGAUUUUACAGUCAACAAUAGUUUUCAUU